CUGGGCUGGGCCGGGCUGGGCUGGGCUGCCGGGAGCCGAGCGCCUGCCAGGCGCUGUCCGUGCCCGCAGCCGCCUGGGACCGGGUACCAGCAUGGGCUGCCCGCAGCCCCUCGCCGCCCUGCUGCUCGCCGUGCUCUGCCUCUGUGCCCUGGUGCCCGGCGGCUCCUGCAACAAAGCAAACAAGCACAAACCCUGGAUUGAAGCUGAGUACCAGGGCAUUGUCAUGGAGAAUGAUAACACCGUCUUGCUCAACCCACCACUCUUUGCCCUGGACAAGGAUGCUCCGCUGCGCUAUGCAGGUGAGAUCUGUGGCUUUCGGAUCCAUGGGUCAGGGGUACCGUUUGAAGCUGUGAUUCUAGACAAAGCCACAGGUGAGGGGUUAAUCCGAGCCAAGGAGCCAGUGGACUGUGAAGCACACAAGGAGCACACAUUCACCAUUCAAGCAUAUGACUGCGGAGAGGGACCUGAGGGGACCAACACCAAGAAAUCCCACAAGGCUACAGUCCACGUGCGGGUGAAUGAUGUGAAUGAAUUUGCUCCAGUCUUUGUGGAGAAGUUGUACCGUGUAGCAGUGACGGAGGGUAAACUGUAUGACCGCAUCCUGCGGGUGGAGGCCAUCGAUGGAGACUGCUCUCCACAGUACAGCCAGAUCUGCUACUAUGAGAUCCUCACCCCUAACAUCCCUUUCCUGAUUGACAAUGAUGGGAACAUUGAGAACACAGAGAAGCUGCAGUACAGUGGAGAGCGCCUCUACAAAUUUACAGUGACAGCUUAUGACUGUGGCAAGAAACGGGCAUCUGAUGAUGCCGAAGUGGAAAUCCAAGUGAAGCCAACCUGCAAGCCCAGCUGGCAGGGCUGGAACAAGCGGAUUGAGUACACUCCAGGUGCAGGAAGCCUAGCACUGUUUCCCAGCAUUCACCUGGAGACCUGCGAUGAGCCACUGUGGAACAUCCAGGCCACAGUGGAGCUGCAGACCAACCACGUGGCCAAGGGCUGUGACCGUGACAACUACUCUGAGAAGUCACUGCGCAAACUCUGCGGUGCUGCCUCAGGGGAGAUUGACCUGCUCCCUGUGCCCAGCCCCACAGCCAACUGGACUGCACGACUCUCUGUUCAUUACAGCCAGGACAGCAGCCUCAUCUACUGGUUCAAUGGCAGCCAGGCAGCACAGGUGCCUAUGGUCAAUGGAGUGGGUGCCCACGAGGGGCUGAGUGACCAUUUUACGCUGUCAUUAUGGAUGAAACAUGCUGUGACACCUGGCAAAGGCAAGAAGGAAGAGGAGACGGUGAUCUGCAGUACAGUGCGGAGUGAGGAUGGCUACUCGCACUACUCCUUGGCUGUGCAUGGCUGUCGAAUUGCUUUCCUCUACUGGCCGCUGCUGGAGAGUUCAAGACCUGUCAAGUUCCUCUGGAAACUGGAGCAGGUUUGUGAUGAUGAAUGGCAUCAUUAUGCCCUCAACUUGGAGUUCCCAACAGUCACGCUCUAUGUUGAUGGUGUCUCCUAUGACCCUGCCCUCAUCCAUGACAAUGGCCUCAUCCAUCCUCCCAGGCAAGAGCCUUCACUCAUGAUUGGAGCCUGCUGGGCUGAGGAGAAAAACAAAGAGAAAAGCAGAGGAAAUGAGAACUCCACAGAUACUGUGCAAGGAGACCCUCUGCUGAUUCAUCACUACUUCCAUGGUUACUUGGCUGGCUUCACCGUGCGCCCCGGCAGCCUGGAAAGCCGGGAGGUGAUUGAGUGCCUCUACGCUUGCCGUGAGGGGCUUGACUACAGUGACUUUGACAGCCUUGGCAAAGGGAUGAAGGUUCAUGUCAACCCUUCCCAGUCCCUGCUCACUCUAGAAGGUGAUGACGUGGAAACCUUCAACCAUGCCAUCCAGCAUGUGGCUUACAUGAAUUCCUUGCGCUUUGCCACACCAGGAGUCCGCCCCCUCAAGCUCACCACCACAGUCAAGUGCUUCAGUGAGGAGUCCUGUGUGUCCAUCCCUGAUGUGGAAGGCUACGUUGUGGUGCUGCAGCCUGAUGCCCCCCAGAUCCUGCUAAGCGGCAAUGCCCACUUUGCUCGUCCUGCACCAGACUUUGAGAGCCCUGAUGGAGUUGCCCUGUUCCCCAGCCUCCAGAUCACCUGCUCUGUCUCUCACCAGGUGGAAGCCAAGAAGGAUGAGAGCUGGCAUGGCACAGUGACCGACACACGCAUGUCAGAUGAGAUUGUGCACAACCUGGACGGCUGUGAGAUCUCACUGGUGGGAGACGACCUGGACCCAGAGAGGGAGUUCCUGCUUCUGGAUGGGUCCACCCUACAGCAGCGGGGUUUGGAUCUCAUCAACACUUCUGCCUACCUCACCAUUGCAGGUGUGGAGAGCAUUGCAGUGUAUGAGGAGAUCCUCCACCAGGUCUCGUAUCACAUUUGCCAUGGCGCUGCCCUCUAUGAAAGAAAAUUCCGCCUUUCCUGCACGGAGAUGAAUGGGCGCUACUCCAGCAAUGAGUUUACUGUUGAGGUGAAUGUCCUGCACAACAUGAACUGGGCUGCUCAUCCGAACCACAUCCUCAGCUCUCAGCAGCUCAUGCACCGAGGUCACCAUCUACCCCCAGAGCUAUCUGGGCACAGUUUGGCCAAUGUCCACCGCAACUCCAUGGUCCCCAGUGCUGCCACUAUCAUCAUUGUGGUGUGUGUGGGCUUCUUGGCACUCAUGGUAAUCCUGGGCAUCCUACGUAUCCACUCUCUGCAUCGCCGGGGGGUUGGACACGAGGCCCCAGGGGCCGCCACAGGGGGCCAGAUGGGAGCCAGCACCAAGGAAAGUGAUAUGUUCUGGGAUGACUCAUCCCUCACCAUCAUUGUCAACCCCAUGGAGUCAUACCAGAGCUGCCAAGAGAGGACAGCAGACAGCAGGGAGGCCAAAGUCAGCGAAGGAGCAAUGAAAGAUGAUGAUGAUGACGAGGACGACAGCAGCGAUUCAGAUACACCUGACACCCCAGGCACUGACGAUGCAGAUGACCGGUGCACCAUGGGCAAAAGAGACGUGCCCCACUGUUACUAGGGGCCCUGCAGUGGAGGGAGAAGGGGAGGAGGAUGCUAACCAGGUGGAUUCCCCCAACUUACAGCCUAGGGGGGAAGUGACAGCUUCUCUUGAGUCUUUCCCACUGUCCUUUUAACCUUGCCCUUAUGCAUAUUUUCUCCCAUUGUUUUUCAUCUCCCUGCCCUACUUUUCCCUCUUCCUUGGCCAUUUUCCCUGGGGGCACAGAGCCCAGCAAAAGGCACUUAGACCUUCCCACACUUGUGGCCCCCUCUUCCUGUGUGCCACUCCCCAGAAAGGCAGGCUGGGACAGGGGAACUCUGAGCCUGAACUUUGAUUCCAGGAAGGAACAGAGGGGAGAGAUGCACUAGGGAAGAGAUGCCCAACAGAAGUGGCUGACUGAGCGGAAUCUGUCACAACCCCUGUGUAUUAUAUAUACUGUAUAUUUUUUCAAUGUUGUUGUUCAAGGAUUAUUCUUGUUUGACGCACAACCCUCCCCGCUCUGCCAAAAAACACAAAAACCCAGCCCUCCCCAAACUCCCAACCCAACCCUGCAGCUUGUGUCGCUUUGUAAAAUUGUCAAUAAACCUAAAACAAACAAGUGAAGGACAGAGGAGGGAAUGAAGCAGAUUUUAAAAUAAAAGGAUUUAAAAUAAAACA